UCUGCCUGAACGUGCCUUAUCAUGAAGCUUACACUUGUCGCUUCGUGGAAGCCUCAGAGUUGAUAGAAUUGAGUUGAGCGAACAAGUGGUGAAGAAGAUGUGAGCAAGGAACAGAAAUGAUUGCGCAUGCGACGGCAGCAGUCUUCCGAGCCGAAUCAAUGACGCGGGGUACAGAGCAAGACUCGACGUCUUCAUCUCCAAAUUUGAGAUACUGGAUAUAUCUACCUUUCAUGUUCAUCUAUUGAUUAGUUUCCAAGUUGCAUCUUGUGUUCUAAACCCGACAAAAUGAAAUCAGAAGAACUUGAGACUCUCAUUCGCGCGAAUCAUAUACUCCAUUACCAAGAGGUUCUUGACGCAUACGGUCACGUGUCGUUGAGACAUCCAGACAAACCAGAUGUCUUCAUAAUGUCGGGCGAUCGAGCACCAGCACUAGUCUCCUCUCCUUCCGACUUAAUCGAGUACAAUAUCUCAGACAGCUCUCCCGUAGAUCCAAAAUCCAAGAGAGGUUAUCAGGAGCGCUUUAUACAUAGCGAGAUUUACAAACGAUACCCGAAUGUCAACAGCGUAAUUCAUAGUCACUCCGAUGCAGUGUUACCAUACACCAUGAACGGAGUCCCAAUGAAACCUUCUUUCCACAUCGCUGGAUUCCUGGGAACACACGUCCCAGUAUACGACAUCAUCCCUCUGUACCAGCCAGGUGACCAACAAGACAUGCUCGUCAAAACCGAACGUCUCGGCUCUGCUCUUGCAUCGACAUUCUCCUCAUCGUCCGAGCAAAAGGAAGAGCACGAUCAUAACGUCGUCCUAAUGUCGAAUCACGGCUUCACUGUUGUCGGUUCAUCCGUCAAACAAGCCGUCUAUCGAGCAGUCUAUACCCGCGUCAACGCUUCUAUCCAGUCGCAAGCUUUGAUCCUUCGUUCGGCUGCGAGCUUCAUGUCUUCUGCUCUCUCAGGCUCAGGUACGAUGCCCAGCUCGGGACCAGGAUCCAUUUCUGGAUUUGGGAAUUCGGGACUAGGAGGCGAGGGUGGUGGUGCAGGAUUGGGGGAGAUGAGGUUCUUGGAUAAGAAGGAGUUGAGUGAGGGAUGCAUGAAAAUGAAUGAUUCAAGUCAGGAUCGGCCUUGGGCAUUGUGGGUCAGAGAGGUGGAGGCUUCUCCUUUGUAUAGGAUUGAGAAGUGACUUUGUGAAGAUAGAAGUCAAAAGAAGAUGGUUGGCCUAGCCAUGUAAUACUUCUAAUAAAUACGGAUGUUCCUUUCGUC